ACAUCAAAUAUUCUCUAUCUUCUCUCAUUUCAACACAACUAUAAGAAAAGAAAAGAAAAGAAAAACCAAAUCAACAGAAAUUUUAAUAACUAUGGAGUCCCACAACGUGAACAACAGCUUGAACCUAGACAUGGAGAAAGAUCAAGAAAAGGUUUUCGACUACUCCAAACGAGCUCAAUGGCUACGAGCCGCCGUACUCGGUGCUAACGACGGUCUUGUCUCAACGGCUUCGCUUAUGAUGGGUGUCGGUGCGGUUAAGCAAGACGUCAAAACCAUGAUCUUAUCCGGUUUCGCCGGUUUAGUGGCCGGAGCUUGUAGCAUGGCAAUCGGAGAGUUUGUCUCGGUUUACUCUCAGUACGACAUAGAGGUGGCUCAGAUGAAGAGAGAGAGCGGAGGAGAAGAUAUAGAGAAGGAGAAGCUUCCUAGCCCGAUGCAAGCAGCUGCAGCGUCUGCGUUAGCGUUUUCUUUGGGAGCGAUUGUGCCUUUAUUGGCGGCUGCGUUUGUGAAAGAUUAUAACGUGAGGCUUGGAGUGAUUGUGGCGGCGGUUACGUUGGCGUUGGUCAUGUUUGGGUGGUUAGGAGCGGUUUUGGGGAAAGCACCGGUGGUUAAGUCGUCAGCUAGGGUUUUGAUUGGAGGAUGGUUAGCUAUGGCGGUUACUUUUGGUUUGACAAAACUGAUUGGGUCACAUGGUAUGUGAUAGUUUGUGUGUGUUUACUUACGUGACCGAACACUUCUUCAUGUGUUCAUGCAACAAAAUGGAAGCGGUUACGGUUUUUUUUUUUCAUUUUAAGAUGUAUAAGAAACUUUGGAAUAGAAUCGUGACUUGUUUUAUUGGUGGUAAUUUGAUACGAAUGGAAUCUCUUUAUAAACCAUGUAUGUGAUGUAAAUCUGCCAAUUGAAGUUUCUCUCAAUAAUAAUGAUAAAUGGCGCGUUGA